AUGGGUGUCAAUGCUACAGCUAAAACUUUUGGUAUACCUAAAACUACAUUGAAAAGAAGACUGCAGUCAAAAAAUUAUUCCAAGGGUAGUAUGGGACUUCAGCCUUUACUGGGUAUAGAGAAUGAACGAAAAGUCAUCACUCACAUUAAGAAACUUCAAGAGCGAGGUGUUGCACCAUGUAGAGAUUCGGUAAGGAGUAUGGCAUUUGAAUUAGCUGAAAGGCUAAAUAUACAACAUAAUUUCAAUAAGGAAUUAAAAAAGACUGCUUACGACUGGCUUCAUUCCUUUCUUAGACGUGAUUCCAAUAUAGUUGUAAGAAGAGCGGAAGGUGUGUCAGUUGCUCGAGCCAAAGGGAUGAAUAAAGACAUUGUGAAAGAGUAUUUCAAGCUUCUUGCAACUGUCAUGCGCGAAAACGAAUGGUUUGGCAAACCAGGCCAUGUCUACAAUAUGGAUGAAACUGGGCUGCAGCUGCACAACAAACCUGUCAGUGUUUUAGCAAUUAAAGGUUCAAGAAACGUUGCGUCAGUCACAUCUGGCGAGAAAGGAGAGACAAUCUCUGUUCUGUAUUGUGUCAAUGGCGAAGGAACAUUUUAUCCACCCUUUUCCAUAAUGAAGGGGAAAAACCUAAAGCAGGAAUUUAUGGACGCAAUGCCACCUGGUGCAAUUGUAAGAAUGUCUGAAAAAUCUGCAUGUGUAAACAAUUCUAUUUUCCUGGAUUGGCUAAAACACCAUUUCAUUCCCAGGAAACCAGCUGGAGAAGUACUGUUAAUACUUGAUGGACACACGUCUCACACAAGCUGUUUGGAAUCUUCAGAGUUUGUAGAGGAACAAGGGAUUAUUUUAAUGAGUCUACCUCAUAUCAUAUAG